AUGGCGUAUCAGUUCUUCGCAAAAGCGCCUGCCCAGAAACAACGAAAAGCUGCUGCCUCGUCUCCGCCGCUUGCUUCCCUCUCGCUGCCCGCUUCGUUGUCCAAACAACAACCGCCGCUGCACCCACCGCCUCUUGUACUUCCGCAGUCGACUUCGUCUUUCCCAGCGAGUAAACCUCCUUCUAUUGGUGACCCUGCUUUUCAGGCAGUACCGUUCACAGAGCCGAUAACUAGCCAUCAAACGCCGCACCCGCAUAUUACGAUUGAUCAGGUCCGCACCGCUCACAUCCCGUCUCUGAGCCGCAUAACCAGCCUUUUGCUCCCGGUGCGCUACUCGGGCUCGUUCUAUACGGCAUGCAUAACCGAUCCAGUGAUCUCUUCAUUGGCGCGCGUGGCCGUCUAUCAUGAUCACCCUGUCACUGCCGGCCCCGUGGUUGAUCCCACCGCGGCCGGGGGUCUAGGAGGUACGGAUAAAGUCAUUGGAGGUAUCAGAUGCCGAUUAGAAAAGCUUCCUGCAGAAUUCGCCGGACGAAACAAUGCAGAGGACAGACCACCAACAAACCUAUACAUACAAACCCUUCACCUUCUAUCUCCGCACCGCGGUAACGGUGUUGCUGCUGCUUUACUGCACGCUUUGUUGUAUUCCGAUCCUAAAUCUCCAAACUCCAAGUCAACCCACCGUGUCUCUCCGCUUGUGAGACACUAUAAUGUUCGUACUGUGACUGCCCAUGUCCACGAGACUAACGGAGAUGGACUUAACUGGUAUGUCGCUCGUGGGUUUCGCAUCGAAGACGGUGUCAUCAAAGGCUACUACCGACGACUGAAUCCCGGGGGAGCAAAAGUUGUCCGACUGGACCUUAAUUGGGAGGAUCAAGACGAGGGAAAGAGACAUCAAGAAAAAGUGCAACAGCCAGAAACAAAGAGCAGGGAAGUGAACGAGGACGAGGAUGACGAUGAUGACGAUGGCUGGGAAAAGCUUGAAGCAGAAGAUGACGAUGCCGACGACCAUGGCGUCGUCCAUCUCAGUGACAGCCGCAUUCUCGACGGCGGAGAAGAUUCACAAUCGUUGACCGCUAACUCGGUGAAACGAAAACGAGACGACAAGGAAGAAGACGUCGAAUAA